AUGGCUCCCAAGAAGACCGCCGGUGCUGCCAAGGAGAACGUCUCUCUCGGUCCUUUGGCCGGAGAUGGCAAGCUCGUUUUCGGUGUUGCCCGUAUCUUUGCCUCCUUCAACGAUACCUUCGUCCACGUCACCGAUCUGAGUGGUCGCGAAACCAUCUGCCGUGUCACCGGUGGUAUGAAGGUCAAGGCUGACCGUGACGAGUCUUCCCCCUACGCUGCCAUGUUGGCUGCUCAGGAUGUUGCUGCUCGCUGCAAGGAGCUUGGCAUCAACGCCCUCCACAUCAAGAUCCGUGCCACUGGUGGUAACGGCACCAAGACCCCCGGUCCCGGUGCUCAGUCCGCCCUCCGUGCUCUUGCCCGUUCCGGCAUGAGAAUCGGCCGUAUCGAGGACGUCACCCCCACUCCCUCCGACUCUACUCGUCGCAAGGGUGGUCGCCGUGGUCGUCGUUUGUAA